AGUUGAAUCAACGUGUCCAGACUUUAUUGAUAAGAGUACCUCAGUCUAGCAAGAAGACUGUGGUGUCCGAGCCUCCAAUAUGCUACGAGGAAUCCUUGUCUUGACCUUCGUGUCGUGCUGCUGGGCUGGUUGCUGUAUGCCAAAACAAUGGGAAGGACUUCAGAAUGUAAUUGGACAGUCAGUCACGAGUGGAAAGGCUGCAGCAUUUCUGGUCACAAAUGUCAUCUCCUAUGAUGGAACAAACUCGAGAGUUGCUCUUAUCAUGAACAGCACAGCUGGGUCCGUCCAGACAGUGAUUCGAGUCAUACACAACUACAACAAGGGGAUCCAGUAUAAUAUUGACCUUCUGACCAACAAAUGUACGAAAAGCAAGAUCGUUGGAUCGAUUAUACCAGCGUGUGUCCCAGACAACGCUGUGAAAGGUCAGUCUGUGUAUUUUGGUGGCGGAAAGAACCGACUUCCAGGGGAUACAUAUUUUUGGAAUCAGAAAGCCCCCAGUGUCAACGUCGAUAUCGGCCUCACCGUGUCCCCAGACGGCACCGAAUGCUACCCUGUAGGCGAAGUCGCUACUGGAACAGCAAAUACUGCGCGAGUGUUUGAAACAGUGGGGUUCCUUAAUAUCACCAAAGGAAUCAAUGACCCUUCCGUGUUUACUCCUCCUCCUUCCUGCAACCAGGUUCCAAUCACUGAGGGGACAUUCAAGCGGAGGUACAGGUUCCUUGGUUUGUAAUGGACACAGCUGCACAAACUGCAGACAAAUGUCACCCAUCAUUUUUAGAAAUAAAAGGCAACUCUGUCA